CGAGCAAUCGCAAGGGGAGAGAGAGAGAGAGAGGAAAGGUCAAGGCAUCGUCGAGAAGAAGCUUGAGAGGAGGGGAGAGGAGAGGAGAGGAGAGGAGGGGCUGCUCGAUUCUCCUUGAGAGGGGAUAAAGUUUUGGUGUGGCUUCUUGGGUUGGUUCGUUUGGUUUCCGCCAUGGAGAGGGAUUUUCUUGGCGCGAUUGGGAGGAGGGAGAUGGUGAAGGAGGAGGCCGGCAGGCCGGAGCAUCCAGAUUAUCUGGGAGGAGGAGGAGGAGCAGCGUCGGCGGCGAUGCAGUGGCAGUUCCCGGCCAAGGUCGGCGCCGCGUCGUCGGCGUUCAUGUCGUUCAGGUCGGCGGCGAGGGAGGAGGACUCCAAGGAGGCGGUGUUCGACCGCUUCUCCCUCUCCGGGUUCCGCCCCCCGCCGCGGCGGCCGUCGCCCGGCGAUGCCUCCCCGGUCAUCGCGCACCAGCGGCAGUUUGGAUUCGACGGCCAGGUCAGCCGGCAGCAGUACGCCGCCGCGGCGCACGGCCACCGUGAGCAGGGCGUGGACUCCUACGGCGUAGCGGCGGCGCAUCGUCACCCGGUGCCGUUCGGCCAGGCGAAUCCCAUGCUCCGUGUUCAGAGCCUCCCCAACGUCGCCGGCGGGAGCCCGUACAAGAACCAACCGUUCACCGUCGGCAGCCCGGUGGCCGGCUCCACCGUUGGCGUCUACGGCGGCACAAGGGACCUUCAAAAUCCCAAGUCGAGGCAGAUGACCAUAUUCUAUGAUGGAGCAGUGAAUGUAUUCGACAACGUUCCGGUAGAGAAGGCUCAAGAACUUGUGCUUUUAGCAAGCAGGGCAUCCAUUCUGAGUCCACCAAGUGUAGCUCGUAAAUCAGAUUCACCUAUUCCCGCCACCGCGAAACUUGCAGUGCCUGAGGUUUUACCUGCAAGGCAGAUCAUAGUUCAGAAACCAGAGGCUUCUGUGCCUCAUGUAUCAGUGGUUUCGAAUCCGGUCACCAUUGUGUCACAAGCUGUGACUCUACCCAAGAGCUCGUCUAGCUCCAAUGACUCUGCAGGGCCGAAAUCUGGAGGCCUACCGUUAGCUGUUACCCCUUUGAGCCAGGCAGCCCCGUCCCAGCCGACACAAGUAGCAAACACAAAUGCCUCAGCUAUCAUGCCAAGAGCUGUCCCUCAAGCUCGAAAAGCAUCUCUCGCCCGAUUCUUGGAGAAACGAAAGGAGAGAGUGUCAAGUGUGGUGCCAUACCCAUCCUCAAAGAGUCCAUUAGAGAGCAGCGACACCAUGGGCAGUCCCAGCACACCGAGCAAAUCAUCGUGCAUGGACAUCACCCCGUCGACCAAUAACUGCGAGGAGUCUCUGUGCUUAGGUCAGCCAAGGAACAUCAGCUUCAGCAGCCAGGAGCCACCCAGUACAAAGUUACAGAUAUGAAACCUGAUGGUUGUCUAUACUGAAGACUCAGCUCAGUGAGAUCCGGCUGACUCCGACGCCAAACCGGAUGCCUCAUUUCGCACCCAUCUUAGGCAUGGUGAGAGACACAGGAAGAGUGACUUGAUGCUGUUUCUAGUUUGGCUGCAAUCAUUCUGUGGCUAGAGCUGUUUAUAUGUGCUGAUCUAGCCAUGGCCGCUGCCUCUAGCAGGAGAGCUGUGACAUUGCAGGCUUCAUGCUGUUCUUGAUUGUUUUGCUGUGAGCCAUUGCCGCAUUGGACAUGAGAGGAAAGAAAUGCUGCUGAGUUGUAUAGGAUUACAGAUUCGGCGUAUGUAAUUCUGCUGUUUUUGGUUCUAGUCUUACUUCAAAAAUACAAGCUAGCUUCAGAAUUCAAACAGUAUCCCUGAUGCCAAU